AUGGCGCAAGUCCCGUGGGAGAAACUCUCCCAGAGGCCGGUCUCCGAGGCGGAGGCUGGCGAGUUCCUUUCGCGGUGCCUGUUUCAGCUGCGGCGCUGUUCACUCUCGUCUGCGUCUGACGGCACGGGCGUCGAUGGCGCCUUGAUUCAACAGAGCGAAGUCGUGCGGCAACUCCGCAGUGUGCAUGCAGCCGUGAGCCAGUCGCAGCGCCUCUUCUCAUCUCGCAGCGCCCAACCGCGCGCUUCGGGGGAGACGACGACCGCUCGCGAUUCAGAGGCGAGCUUCAAAGACCUCGCGGACCUGCGCAGGAGUGUCUUCCACGUCAUUAAAGCCAAGGGUAUGAUUCAGCUUCUUCCGCGCCACCUGGGAAACGCCAAGCUCGGCAUCAACCUGUAUCUUCUCAACUUCCUUCUCAAGUAUCUCCCCGAAUUUCACGGCGUCUGGCUGGCUGUCGACGGCUUUCGUGUGCUGCAACCCAAGAGCGCCCACGGCAGCAGCGCGUGCCCGCUGGGCUACAUGAUUCCCGAUGUCGAUACGGGCGGCGGCGUGAUGCUUUUCGAAAUCGAAGUCAACUGCCUCGUCUUCAAGCCGAAGACUAACGCCAUGCUCAUUGGUCGCCUGCAGACCGUCCGCCCCAGCCACGUGAGACUUCUCUGGCUCGGGCUGUUCAGCGCGGUCGUUCCGCGACAUCGACUCUCUCGCGCCUAUGAGAUUGACCAAGAGCAGAAGAAGCUCAUUCAACAGAAAGGCGGAGCCGCCAUCGAACAAGGCGACCUCGUUUGCUUCCAGUUGAUGAGCUACACGCAAGGCUCCCGUGCUGAGUUGGUGAGCUUGGAAGGGAGCCUUGAAUCGGCGUACGCCGGCCUCGUGGUCAGCACGAAGAGCGAGGAAGCAGAGAAGAAAAAGAAGAAGACACACGGUGCACGCCGCGGUAGCGAAGAGGAACCCGCAGAGGGCAGCGAAUCUCCGAACGCGAAGAAGAAGCAGACCUCUCACGACGAGGACAGGGACAGAGACGCAGCUCCCGAGGAAGGGAAGAAGAAAAAGAGGAGAAAGCACGAAGAGGAAAAUGAAGACGAGGGCAACGCGGCGGCUGGCGAGAAGGCCUCCGAGCCGGGGCGCGACGGUCACGACGAGUCAGACGGAGAGGAGGAAGAAAAGUCAAAGAAAAAGAAGAAGAAGAGAAGAGACGAUGACAGAGAGACAGAGGAAGAAGAGGCAGCCUCGUCCAAGCCCGAGGCGGAUGAAGAGGGCGAAGUUGGGGAGAAGAAGAAAAAGAAAGAGAGAGCAAGGAAGUCCCACAGCCACCAAGAGGAAGAGACAAGUCCGGCGGCCGCUCACUGGCGGAAAGACAAACAAGCAGGCGGCGAAGGAGUAAAGAGAAAAGCGAAACACGAGAGUAGAGAGGAAGCAGACCGAGCCCACGUGGGAAAACGCAAAGAAGAGAGAGAGGACACGGGCCCUGCUGACGCCAGCCCUGAGCACAGGAAGAAGAAACGAAAGUAA